CCCCUGAGGAGGAUCGCAUGGCGGUGCAGUCGUGGGUGGCGGAGAAGGCGGACUGGACGUACAGCCCCGUGCCCGAGGGGUGUGCGGACGGCAGGAUGUGCGGGCACUACACGCAGGUGGUGUGGCGCGACACCACGCACGUGGGCUGCGCCUCCGCGCAGUGCCCUGAUGGGAGCAGCAUGUGGGUGUGCGACUACUCGCCCCCGGGGAACUUCAUUGGCUCCAUUCCGUUCUAGGGAGGCUGGUUGUGGACUGUGGGUGUGAU